GCCCGUCCCGUUUCCUGAGCGGUCGCACAAGAGAGGGGACCGGAAUAAUCAUCAUGCGGAUUUAUCAGUCGUUGCUGAAAAACGGACCAUAACAUGAACUUUUACCGCUUUUCCGUUUUGAUCGGGGCACUGGUCUGUGUUUGCAGUGGCGUGGACGUCACGAUGCGGGACAAGCACCGGUUCGCCAUGCUCUUCCAGUCAGUGGUUCUCCCAUGUCAGUACCACACCUCGUCCAAAACCACCCCGGUGGUUCAGUGGUGGUACAAGUCUUACUGCCGCGACCGCACGCAGGACGCCUUCAAAUUCCCAGAGAGCCUGGCGGUCCAGGCGUCCGACCUUGGCACCAAGUCCCACCUGGAGUGUUCAGACAGCAGCCGGACGGUUCGGAUCGUGGCCUCGGGUCAGGGACCUUCCAUGACGCUGGCCGAACACUACAAGGGCAGAGACAUCACCAUUAUGAACAAGGCGGACCUGCGGAUUGGGGAGCUCCAGUGGGGGGACAGUGGAGUUUACUUCUGUAAAGUUGUCAUCGCCGAUGACCUGGAGGGGAAGAACGAGGGCCAGGUGGAGUUACUCGUGCUGGGUAGGACAGGUGAGCGGGACGAUCUCCUACCUGAGUUUGAUGUGGAGAUUAUGCCAGAGUGGGUGUUUGUGGGCUCCGUAGUCCUGGGCAGUGUCCUGUUCCUGUUGCUGGCGGGGAUUUGCUGGUGUCAGUGUUGUCCUCACUCCUGCUGCUGCUACGUCCGCUGCUGCUGCUGCCCAGACACCUGCUGCUGCCCACGGCACCUAUAUGAAGCCGGGAAGAUCGCCAAGAGUGGCCAGCCUGCUCAGGUUCCUAUGUACCCCUACUACAUUCCCGGGGUCCCCACCAUGGUCCCCUUGGCCCCUCAGUCCCACGUGGAACCCAAGGUCACUUCUAUCCCUUCAAUGGAGAAUAACCUGGCCGGGGUGCGCAGUGGGUAUCGCCUGCAGGCCAAUCAAGGCCAAGAGUCAAUGAAAGUUGUGUACUACGUAGAGAAGGAGCUGGCUCAGCUUCCCUCGGCCAAGAUGGCUGCCGUCCAACCCAGCAGCCUAUCAGAGCUGAGCUCUCUUCACGAAGGCGGGACUACAGAUUUCAGGAACACCUAUCAAACUGUCCAGAUGAAGGCGCUCCCACCCAUAUUGGAUGUUGAUGACCAAUCAGUGCUCAGAGCAGCUCCGCCCACACAGGGACGCCGACACAGACAGGACAGAGGCAAUUUUUCAGAUGAUGAACUCCAACACAGGUGGAACCCUCACUCAGAACACCUGCAGAGAAGGACGCUGAACAGCAGGGGGCGCACAGGCUCUCUGGACGAGCUGGAGGAAUUUGCCCGGUGCUAUGAACCCCGCGCUCGACGUGGUGAGCCACGCGACCGAGCCUACGACCACAACUACCGGGACAACAGUCCCCCCCGACGGUUCUACGAGGACGAAGACGAAGGCUGGCAUCGGCGAAGCCCCUCCCCUCUGCCACAGAAAAGACGGGGCACGUGGGACAGUGACCGGCCCUCUCGACUGUCCCACCGCCAGCCGCAGGCGGGGAGGAACUAUGACGACGCCUUCCUCAAUGGCAUACUGGAGAGCAAGACGAGAGGGCGGGGAGGGGGCAGAGGUGCUGGGAAGGCCGACGAGGACAGCGACACGCCCUCCAAGGGAAGUUCACGAGGAAAGGGCAGCGACCACUACAACAGCAGGUCGCCCAGCAACCGUCCUGAAGAAGACGACCCUCUGCCGCCAUACUCUGAGCUGGAGGCGGAGAGGUACCGCAGGGCCGACCGGGACGCCGAACGUUACCGCACGGUAGAACCGCCGAGUUCUGAGUGCUACAGGACCGUUGACCCGGCCAUGAGGCCCUUCUGCUACAGCCGCCCACCUCAGAACCUGUCCCAAACCCUACAGGGGGGCCGAGAGGACCGAGACAGGAGCCGAAACAUGAGCGCCGCACUGAGCAGAGGUUCUCUCAAUGUGUGAGGCGGCAGAAAAAGAGAAAACUCGAGCCUCGCCCCAAAAAGCACCGCCGGCUUUGAGAGUUUGGCCCCACUCUUUAAAAAGCAUCUUAACACUAACCCUUCAAACAGCUGUGGCGCCGUCUCACUGAAAUAACAGCAUGGAAACGUCUGCGGAUGGAAAAUCCCGAGAGAAUGGACAGCACAUGAUGCGAGCUGGUGUUUUGUCGAAGUCCGUGUGUAUUUUCACGAUAGUCGACUAUGAAAGAGUAAUUGUUCAAGUGUGUGUCUUGAUUAUGGUUGUAUGUGAGACUGGACCUUAGUUGUUAAGUGAGAGGACUUGUCUUCCUGUGCCAAAACGUUUUGUAUCUGUGAAGGUUGUUCUGCCGAGGGGCGUCCGGGUAGCGUAGCGGGUCUAUUCCGUUGCCUACUGACACAGGGAUCGCCGGUUCGAAUCCCUGUGUUACCUCCGGCUUGGCCGGGCGUCCCUACAGACACAACUGGCUGUGUCUGCGGGUGGGAAUCCGGAUGUGGGUGUGUGUCCUGGUCGCUGCACUAGCACCUCCUCUUGUCGGUCGGGGCGCCUGUUCGAGGGGGAGGAGGGGGGACAGGGGGGAAUAG